AUGGCAACAUCGCCUCAGCAGACCGUGGCACAGCCGAUGCAAAGUGAUGACUUUGAGGAGGCAGCUGAACAUCUGCAAACUGCAGCAGACAAGGCAGAAGUUCUUCUGCAGCAGCUGGAGGAGGCGGCAGCGACAGAUCUGCGAGAGAGUGGAGACUUGCCUGGCGAGAGUGCAGAAGGCGGUACAUCAGCCGGGGAUGCAGCUAGUGGGCAGGAUGCAGCAGCUGGGGAGGCAUCACUGAUGGCAGGGCAGAGGAGAUCUCUGGAUGUGGAGAGAGUACAGCAGCAGAAUGGGACGGCGGGCAGCAAUGGAAUUGCAGGCACAUCUGGCGCCAAUGGCAGGCGAGCCUCCGUUGACUUGGCGGCCCGGGAACGCUGCCUGAAGGUGCUAGACGCUUGCUGCAGCUGCAACGCGCAGCCGUCACUGCAGUCGGCGGCGCUGCAGGCGGUGAGGGGGGCGCUGCAGAGGAGCCAGGCCGGCGGCGUUGCCUCCUCUGCACAGAUGGGAACGCCCCAGGCCAGCUGGGCCUGGGACUGCGCUGCGCGCGCUCUGCCGGCCGCCGCCGCCGACGUGCACGCGCUCAUGCGCGGAGGGGACGCCGGACUUGGCGCCGGCGAAGUCCAGGUGGUGGCAGAGACUCUGAAGCUGUCAGUUGCUGCGCUGCCGGCAGCUGGAGACCGGGCAGGAGCGCUGAUGAGCACCCUCCGCAUCUUGCUUGUCGAGGCAGCAGUCAAGGCGUCUGCCGCGCCUGCGCCGCGGUCAGCCGCAGUGGCCAACGGGAGCAGGGUGCCGAUCAGUGCGCCGCCGGCCAUAACACUGCAGAAUUUUGCGCUCAGAAGCUGA